AUGUCUUCCGACUUACCCUCCGUUGAUGACCUCAAGCGUGCCGCCGAGUCCGGCCAACGGAUUACGCCAGAAGAUGUUUCGGUUAUUGGUCAGAUGGAGAGCGAACUCACAGGGGGUGGGCCGAUUCAUGGAGGCCCUUCAGCGACCGCGCAAAGUCUUGCGAUGCGACAGAUGAACUUUGAAGCAAAGCUCGAUGAGCUCUCCCAAAAGCCCCCGAGUCACAUCACACGGGAAGACGCGCGGGAAAUUCAGGAGAUGGAGGGCCGUGCCUUCAAUCGACCUCCCGGAGCUGGAUCUAUCUCUGCACAAGUCAGGUCGCUCGCAGACAGGAAUGAAGUCCUCGGACUUCCUCCGGUGGCCGCGGAUGUGCCAGCGUUUGUAACAAAAGAGGAUGCGAGCGAAGCACAGCAUGAGGAAGCAAGGAUCUACGGUGGGCAGAAUCCGAGAGGUGGGAUGGCGGCUCAGAUGCAGAGCGCGGCGGACAAGCUUGCUCACGCGCGGCGUGGAAGCUAA